AUGAACCGACCAGGUUUUGGUGGGGCUUCACCAUCCAUUAGCUUCUCCACGGGGAUAACAGAAAAUGGAUGCUCAGCCUCAGAUCUAACCGAGGAGGACAUAGACAAUCUACGUUUUGAACUUGAAAAGGUGGAGGAGGAAAUUCAGACCUUGCGGCAGGUGCUUUUGGUCAGAGAAAAAUAUGCCGCAGACAUCAAGAGGCAGCUUGGUAUGAGCCCGCUCAGUAACCUCAAACAGAACCUGUCCAAAGGCUGGCAAGACGUCCAGAUCUCAGCCCCAUAUCUCAGAGCCUCUGCCGCUUUGGAGGACAUCAGUCACUCCAACAUAUAUAUGAGGACACGGGAGGGUCUCUCUCAUGCAGGCCAGGUGACAUCUUCUGCAAUGUCCAAUAUGGGCGUGACCAUCACCAGGAGACUGUCACAGAUGAGAGCUCUGCCUCUUCCGAGCCCACCACGCACCCUGAGCCACACCAUGAGUGUGCCGACUAUGAGACAUUCCUCUACGUUCAAGUCUUUUGAGGAAAUGGUCGGAAAUGUGAAGGACAAGGUGAGUGGCAGUCGGACAAUGGAUAAUGGAAACACCUCUGGGUUUGAAAGACGAUCCUCACGCACAUGAGAAAGAACCUUCCCACAUAUAAAAAAAAUAUGUUUUUCAUACCUUGUAAAGUUAUGAGAGAAUGUUAAUUUACUCACUUGUCUGUGUGAAUUUGUUCACUAUUAUGUUCUAUUGUUGUAUUAAUACAAUAUGACUAAUAUAAUCCAUUAAAUUUGCAAUGGGAAAUUAUUUUAAACUUAAAUGUAAAAUAGUCUUUUAAUAUGUGAAUAUGUAAUAUUUCUGCAUGUUGGAUAAAUGCAAUGUUAGGAGUUGUGUAUUUGGAUAUAUGAGCGCAGUAAACCCAUUAUCUUAAAAAAGUUUAUUUACUUGCAAUAGGCAUUCAUUGGCAUUAAUUGUGACAUUUACAAAACUGAAUAUCACAAACAAGAAGUAUUUUUGUACUUUACAAUUUUUCAAUUAAAGUCAAUUGAAUAGUG